ACACUAGCGAGAGUUUCAUUAUUUUUGUGUUUUUUUAUGCAAAUGUGUUGAUACAAAUUAUCGACCAAAUAUAAGCCCAAAACAUAAGCCACAUCAUAGAGGGUUCCGGGUCCCCCGCGCGCUGACACAUUAACUCAUAUUUUUGUUGUGGGUGAUGUCGUUUUGUUGUUGUUUUUUUUGUUUUUUGGAUAUUGACCAAGAACGGUAACGAUAACGAAGCAGCUCAUUAGCUAACAGACAGAACGUUAACGUAAAUUGCCGGCCAACACGUUAGAAAACAGAAAGCUAAAGCUAUCACUUGAAGAACCUAGGAACACUUCAAAAAUUUCAGACUAGGAAGGAUAUACGAGGUCAAUGUGCACCAAAGCAAAACUCAGAUUAUGAAUUAUGCACCACGAAUAACCACAACAACAACAACAUCAACAACAACAACCACACGAAAUGCAUUGUAGAAAAGUCUUAGCUGCUUCUGGCAAUUAGAAUUUCAUUUAAUCAAAUACCAAAAACACAACGCAACGAGACCAAUCUAAAUUCUCGAAAAGGCCACCAAGGAGACAAACCCAAGGACAACAACUAGCCAAAAGGAACAACAACUAGCCACAAAAUGGUCGACGACAUCUCCCCCAUGCACCAUCGCAUGCAAAAGAAGACACGCAGCGCCUCCAUCUGUGCCACUGGGGCCAGCAUUGAGACGGUCAUUCACAAUAUGCCCUCCGUUUCGGGCAGCGCCACACCGGAGGGCGGUACUCCGGGUUAUCGUCGUCGCCGGCCGGCCACGCGAUCCCAAAGUGCUCGCAUCACAUCGGGUGCCAGAUCGGUUCGUCGCCGCACCCAGGCCCAACAGCAGCAGCAACAGCAACAACAUACGCUCCAGGAGACGCGUUCCUAUUGCACCAGUGAGCCACGUCUUAGCGAAACCGAGACGCCACCGCAAAGACGUAAACUCUCGCAGCGACGACCACAGCCGCACGGACAUAGGAAAUCAAACGCCUUCCUGGACGUACCCACAAUGAAUAUGCAUCACCUGCGCGUCAACGAUGAUGAUGAAGAUGUGGACAGAUUGCGUACAUUUAGUGCCUCCAAAGGAGGCAUCAUCAAUCGUGGUGACUCCUUCAGACGUCGUCGUUCGCGCAGCAAUAGUCUGGCCCCAUCCAGUCCCCUGCAUCCACGCAGCGGUGUGGGUGGUGGCAUGGGUGGUGGCAUCGUUGGCGGCAGCUCUGGCGGUGGUGGAGGUGGCAGUAGCCUCCAUUUGGGCUCUGGCUACAAUGGAGGCAGCACUAGCAACGGUUUCGGUCAUGGAGAUGUACAGGAAAAUCAUCAGCCUGUGGAAUUCUAUCGGGUGGAAAUGCUGGGCUCGGCGGGUGUGGGUAAACAGGCAUUAGUUUCCCAAUUCAGGACCUCCGAUUGCAUCAAUGCUUACGAUGGGCCAGAUUGCGAUGAGAACGAACAGAAUAUAUCCAUUAUACUGAAUGGAACUGAAUCGGAGCUUAAAUUUCUAACUGGCAACACAGAGAGCAGGGAGCAACUCGAGGAAGCGGAUGCAUUUCUGGUGGUUUACUCUUGCAUUGACAAGGAGUCCUUCACACGAGCCAAGCAAAUUCUAUCCCGUUUGCAGGACAUGGAUUUGUUGCGCCAUCGUCCAACCAUUUUAGUGGCCAACAAAAUUGAUUUGGCCCGCUCACGAGCCGUUUCAGCGCAAGAUGGCAAAUGUUUGGCCUGUACAUUUGGAGCCAAAUUCAUAGAGGUUUCUGUUGGCAUCAAUCACAAUUGCGAUGAGCUCUUGGCUGGAACCUUAACCCAGAUACGUCUGAAGAAGGAUCAAAAUCUUUUGCAGCUGAAUCCAAAAAACAAAAACAAAGAUAAGACUAAAAUUAAACAAGAACAAAAGAAUGUAGAGACUAUAGAAACUGAUAAAUCUUUGACUGAAGUAAAAGCCGAUGAUGCGGGCCCCCGAGAUGGAAGUUCACCUGCCCAUUGGUAUAAGAGUCGCAGCGUUAUGUUAGCCAGUAUGAAGGCACGCCAAAUGCUAACCUGGAUCCUUGGCAAAGAGGACUCCAAGUUCAAGCACUGCGAAAAUUUGCAAGUUUUGUAAAGAAUAAAAACCAAAAAAAAAAUGUAAACUGCAUUUCAACGCAAGAAAAAA